AUGUCCAACGACCGUUCCACCUCUCCGAUCAACGUCCCUGCCUCUGACUCGCGCCCCAGACGUGGUUCCGUUGCAUCCGGCCUCCCCUUUACCGACCUCUUCUCGAAGAACAAUCAACCUGCCAAGGAGACCAACGCACAGACGGGCCAGGGCCAGCGACGGCUGUCAAUCACCACGCUGGGAUUGUCUGGUUCGCCGACCCAAACGUCCGCUUUCGGCAAUAUGUCCCUCCGUCGUGGUAGCCUGUCCAGCUCCUGGGGCUCUGCUCCUAAUGAGGAUGCCGUCGCAGAGGAUGCAGAGGGGGGCUCCCCAAGCUCCCCAUUUGCCCGGCGAGUGUCCUUUGGAGCUCAGGCUCUAAGGGAUGCCCGGUCCGGCAGUAUAGGCAAUGGUAGAAUACCCCCUUCUUUACCGACAGCGCGGCCUACAGCCCGCUCUCCUGCAAGUACCGCCACUUCUCCCCAGGAUGAGAGAUCUAACGUGUCUCGCCGAGUAGGCGAAGGCUUUAACUGGUCCGAGGCCCUCCGCUCACGUGCUGAGCGAGCCCCUUCCCUCGGUGGCCCCGCCUCCCCCCAGUCGGCCCGUCAGUCGCACCAUCAGCGUGCAGCCUCCAUUGCCUCCAUGGAGCAGCCCAUUCGGGAAAUCCCCAAGCAGCCGAAGCAGAAGAAGCCCGACUUCUUCCAGGAGAAGAUCUUGCGCGGUGACUUUAUGGACUAG